AUGACAAGGCUGCAGGAGAUGUCUCUAAGCUACCAUUUCACAGUAGAGCAACAAGUUGGAUCGUCAACAUUUGCCUUCUUUGGUUUCAAUGGAACGGCUGGUGUCUGGAGAAUCACAGCAUUGAAUGAGUCUGGAGGAUGGAAUGACCAGACAACAGUUGAAGACAUGGACGUAGCUGUAAGAGCGACACUCAGAGGCUGGAAACUACUAUAUAUAGAUGAUCUGAAGGUGAAAAGUGAGUUACCUUGUUCAUUCAACGCCCUCCGUAGCCAGCAGCAUAGAUGGACUUGUGGACCUGCCAAUCUAUUCAGGAAAAUGGCUGGACAAAUAAUAAGAAGCGAGAAUGUUUCUCUAUGGAAGAAGCUGUAUAUGUUGUACAGCUUCUUCUUUAUGCGCAAGGUCGUGGCUCACAUCCUCACCUUCUGCUUCUACUGUGUUAUCUUGCCAGCAACUGUUCUGUUCCCAGAGGUUACAGUUCCUAAAUGGGCUGCGUUUUAUCUCCCUGCUUUGAUCACUCUCUUUAUCGCAAUCGGUAAACCAAGAUCAGUCUACCUGUUGGUGCUCUGGGUUCUGUUUGAGAAUGCAAUGUCCAUGCUUAGAACAAAGGCUCUGGUCAUGGGAUUUUUUGAAACAGGAAGAGUACAAGAAUGGGUUGUGACAGAGAAAUUAGGUGAUGGUCUCAAGACAAAGCUGAUUGGGCAAGUAUCUAAUGAACAUCAAGUCAGAUUCAGAGAUAGGGUGCAUUUUCUGGAACUAUUGCUUGGGGUGUACUUGUUGUUCUGUGGAUGCUACGACAUCAUCUAUGGGAAGAACAGACUCUAUCUCUAUGUGUACCUUCUAAUGCAGUCAACAGCCUUCUUCGUUGUUGGUUUUGGAUUUGUGGGCAAGUAA